AUGACGACUGGGGCCUUUAUGAGUGGGACAUUUUCCGGGGCGAAAGUGGGCGAUAUUCUGUCUCAAAGAAGGCUUUCAUCUCUGCCGAACGCGCAUUCUGAUUCGGUUCGGAGAGCAUUUCAAAGCCCUCUUCCCAAUGAGUUGUGCCGCAAUCGCGCACGUCUGCAAACGUCGUCGCCAUCCAUUGGUCUGCCAGUUGAACACCCCUCGUCGGUCUCCCUUUCGGCCACUCGUCUGAUCGGGAUAAUUGAAAAAGUACACCCAGAGGACAUCUUCCAUGGCGGCAGUCGAAAGUCCGGCAUCAUUUUGCAGAGUCUACAAACGGGACCACCGAGUCGUGCUAACAACGAGACUCUGAACGGCCAUGACGACAGCCAAAGCUCCUCUACAACUUGUACUGAUGAGCUGCCUUUAGGCUGGCCAACUGCCAAGUAUCUAUGCACCCUUAGCCGAGAAUCCCCUGCUCCAUGUCAAAGGGUACCGGCAAUGUUGCCUAUUCCCUAUCGAGUGCAAACGGCCAUCCAAGUCUGCAAAUUUCCCUUCCCCAACCUGCAGAAGUGCACCUGCCAGGACGAAUUCCUGAACAAUUGA